UGGAGUUAUCACGAGCUGUUCAAGGACAGAAAGUGUUUUCAGGUGAAGCUGCAGACAUUUACUGCUAAUACGCAGCGGUUCUUUCGCAUUUGUUUAGCUGAUAUAUUUUGGAUUAAAGAGCAACAGCACUGGUUCUGCAAGACUACCAAAAACAUCAAUUCACUUACUGAAUGAAUUGCCUGUAUGCCACCUUUUCCUUUAAUUUUCUGGAUGGAUUCUGGUUCAUCGUCCCCACCUGCGUCCACCGUGGAGGACCCUUCCCCGCUGUGGCGCCUCGCUGAGAGGAGAAGUCGAAAGGCCGGUGCAGGGAACAUUUUCAGCAGUGUGGAUUUGUGGCAGCUCCAGAGACUUUUCAGGGCAGCGGGGGAUCCAGAUGCCGAGCAGAGAGCCCAGCUGGUCUGGGGCCACAGGGAUGAGGCAGAGCUGGCUCAGGCAUUAAUUGGACUCAGAGCACGAAGUCACCGCAGAGGGCUGAGGACACACAGGAGAGAUGCCCUUGAAUCACACUGGCUCCGUGCCUUUAAUCACCUCAGGAUUGGUGAGAGACAGGUGAGGGACGCAGGUGAGGAUCUUGAUGGAACAGAUUCACAUCUAGACACCAACGCAGAGACAAUACAAACAAACACAGGGACCACAGAGGAACCCAGUGAGAGCGGCAGUCCGACUGCAGGCUCGUCUAACAGCCCAUUCAGAGUGCGCACUGGAAUAAGGAGGGUGACAGAGGGCGAUCCAGACAGAUACCUUCAUCGUAUUCUUCACUGAAGCUGAAAUCUGCUCUGAGAGUUUCUGACGCCACUACUUCCUGCAGGAUCAAUCGGCAAUAAAAGAGUGACACAGCCAAAAUGGUUUCUAAAACCCCCAUCUAGACCUACAAACUGACACUACAAUGGUACAACAAUAAUGCAGUCAACCUAAAUGUAUGACUGGAUAAUUGUCGGUUGAUUU